UCGGAUUGAGCGAGGCGGAGCGAUUACUUGGUUAUCACCGCAACCACCGGACCACUCGGUGAGCGAACGUUCCACGGUGGACCAGCUCGGCAAAGCCGGAUCGAUCUCUCUCGGUAACCUACUCGACUUCUCGCGACUUCUCUCGACAAGAAAAGAUCGGUUACGCUGCGGCCAUUUAAUCGCACUUGUCGUCACGAUCGUCCGUGGUACGCGUCGUUUGUACGGGCAAUAGCACAAGAAGGUAGAGCACGAUCGGGCUCGGAUCGAGAGGAAUGGUCGUUUGAUAGAGGAAGAAAUCGGUGGUGAACAUCGGUCGGAGACGUUUCGAACGAGGCAGAGAGCAGGAAGCGAGAAGGAGAAGAGAAAUCGGGGGGAUGUGCUGGCGCUGAUCGGCCGAGAGGUUCCGAUCGCCAGAGUGCCGCGUGCCAUUUAAUCGCCGAUUAAUGGUGGCCGAUGUUUAAUGAGUGUCGGUGAUGACAGAUGUGUUUUGCUGCCGUGUUUCGUUCGCCGCCGUCGUCGUCGGUCGCGAAGUGUGACUUGCCCCUGACAUCCACGCGUCCACGCACUGUCCCCGCGGGACAGCCACGGUGAAGUCGGCGAGUAUUCGUCGUGAGUCGAAUCUCCGCGAUCUCGGAUAACACGCAGAGAGAAAAUGUACAGAGCGAUCGGGAUUCACCUGCUUCUGAUCGUCUUCCUCCGCUACCAAGCGCUCGGUUUGAUACUGGAGGAAGAGAAGGAGCCGAAUUACCUGAACGCAGGAGUCGGAGAGUACGCGGUAUUUAAUUGCGACUUGGACUUUCCGCACGAGACCCCGAUUCCCUACAUCCUUCAAUGGAAUCGUGACGGUCGAACGAUCUUUUCAUGGUACAACGGAUAUCCGUCGGUGGAACCGCGCUACGUGGGUCGCGUCCACCUUUUAGAAGACGCGGUUGGCCGUGGCUACGGCCAGGGCAGCAUCAAUCUCACGAACAUCCGUGAGAGCGAUCAGGGAUGGUACGAGUGUCGGGUGAUCUUCCCGAACAGGACGCCCAACUCCAGGAACAACGGGACGUGGUUCCACCUCGCAAUAGAUGGUGCGUCGCCGUUUCCGACGUCUGUUCCAGGCGAGAAUCUGCUGGCGGUGCCGCCCGUCAACAAGACUGUAAUGGAGGGUGAAUCCGUCAGUUUCGACUGCGUGGCCAAAGGGGAGAAGUCGGUUGUUAGCUGGUUCCGCGAGGGCGUGGAAAUUACAGAAAUCGAGGAUCUUAAAAGAAGAGCGUCCAUCGCCGAGGAUGGGACGUUGACCAUCAAUUCGCCUGCCAUGGGUGACCUUGGGGAGUACACUUGCGUGGUGACCGGUGAGACUGGGGAUCAGCAGAGUGCCUCGGCCUUCCUCAACGUACAAUACAAGGCGAAGGUCAUCUACGCUCCCCGGGAGGUCUACCUGCCAUACGGGAAACCAGCCCUUCUUGAUUGCCACUUCAGGGCAAAUCCGCCGCUGACGAACCUACGUUGGGAGAAGGACGGAUUCCUCUUCGAUCCUUACAACGUUCAGGGCGUCUUCUACAGGAGGAACGGUUCUCUGUACUUCAGCAAAGUGGACGAGACUCAUUCCGGAAGUUACACAUGCACGCCGUACAACGAGCUGGGCACCGAGGGACCCAGUCCGUCCAUCACCGUGAUCGUGCAAAGGCCGCCGGUGUUUACGGUGACUCCGCAGCAUUUGUACAUAAGGAAAUUGGGAGAGAACUUGGAGAUACCUUGCGACGCCAGGGAUGGUGAUCAGGCCCAUCGACCGUCGAUCGUUUGGUACAAGGAUGGCUCGCCAGUACCGCCGGGCAACAGGACCAUUAUAAUUGGCGGCAACUUAACAAUCGAUAGGAUUCAAGAACAGGACAGAGGAUUGUAUCAAUGCGCGGCUAGUAACGAAGCAGCGACCGUCGUUGCCGACACGGAAUUAAUGGUACUGAACGUUCCUCCGAGGGCGCCGUACAAUCUGAGCGCCAACAGCAGCAACAACGCUGUCACCCUAACUUGGGUGCCAGGAUACGUGAGGCCCAAGAUGGAAUACUCGGUUUGGUAUAGACCGACAGACACCACGGAAUGGAGAACGAUGAAAAUCUUGUCCAGGAAGAUCACCGAGGCGACCGUCAACAAUUUAAAUCCAGGGCGCGAGUACGAGUUCAUGGUGCUUAGCCAGGAUAAACACGGGGACGGGAUGUUUAGUAAAACGUUGCGUAUUUUCACACAGCCUAAUUUGAUCGAUGAGAACUCAGCAUCGGAAUAUCGUAGUCCGCCAGACGACCGAAUGGGCCCACCACUGAACGUCAGGGUACAAGCUACCGUGCAGGGCUAUUUAGUCACUUGGGAACCCCCUGCUUACGGAAAGGAACAAGUGAGACUGUACGCGGUUAGGUGGUUCCGAGGACCGUCCGAGCAAUUGUACGGAAGAGCAGAAACUACCGACACUUAUUACCUAGUGAAAACCUUGGAAGAGGAGAGCUACUACACGUUCGAGGUGGCCGCGAUGUCUAUAUCGGACGAUGUGGCAACGAGCGAACGUGUCAGCCUCGAGGUACCGGCGUAUCGUCGAAACAGGGCGAUUUCUAUGGGAAUAGUGGCGGGCAUCGGAUUUCUGGCAGCAGCUCUGGCCGCCAUAUGGUGGGCAAGGAAACGUUUCUGCCAGUCCCCGAACGAGAAAUAAAGAAUGCCUCCCGUAAGGGACGUGGCCUUAGGCGCGUACCAGGAGAAAAUCUUUCGACGAACGAUCGAAAGUCAGCAUAUGUAUGCACGUGUCUGUGGUCAAUACGUUCAGCCGCAAAAAAAAAGAAAAAUAAAAAAAUAAGUUUCCCUAACGUAGCGAUAUGGAUAGCUGAUAGACUACGACGAAUUUCGCUUCCCCGAGAAGAUCGUCCGAACGAGCCAAUGCUCGCCAACUUGUAAUCCUUUCUAUGUAAUAUAUUAUCGAUCGUGUAGAUGUACGUGUGGGAGGAGAGAGGGAGAGAGAGAGAGAGAGGACCGAGGAUGGAAAAUUUCGUAUAUGGGACGGUUUGAUUUACUGCGUUUACGUAUAAGUUACUACUACUGAGUGUUCUUGCAUUGCAUCGUGUUACAUUAUGUAUCGUUUAAAAGCUUUAUUAGAUAAGUGCACGUUUAUUAAGGAUUAGAUGUGGCAUUUGGCCGUUAUUCCGGCCAAACCGGGCCGCGGGGUACGCCAAGGGGUUCUUAACCCGAUAGAAGCGGACAAACGCGUCUCCCAGGCUAGAUGACUCGGCUCGGACUAUAUAUGUAUACAUCCGAUACGUUUUUCUAUUGUAAAUAAAAUUGUGUCGAUUAUUA